AUGCAGCCGAUCAUUCACUAUGGCCACCAUGCCGGCCUCAAUCCCAAAAAGGUAGUCAUUAUCCUUGGAGAACUCGAUAUCCCAUAUGAGAUCAACCCCAAUGGACGCGUUCCCGCAGUCGAGGACCCAAACACCGGAGUAGCUCUAUGGGAGUCCGGAGCCAUCAUCAAGUAUCUGGUCGACAAGUACGAUCAUAAGCGGAAAAUUAGCUUCGAGCCUGGCACUGCCAAUAUCUACCACGCGGAACAAUGGCUCCAUUUCCAAGCAUCUGGCCAAGGACCAUACUUUGGCCAGGCUGUUUGGUUCAAGAUUCACCACAAGGAGCAGGUCCAGACUGCUAUUGAUCGAUACAUCAACGAGAUUCGCCGCGUGUCGGGUGUAUUGAAUGGAGUUCUCGAGGGGCGCAUUUACCUGAUCGAUGACAAAUGCAGCUAUGCCGACUUCGUAUUCGUUUCUUGGUUCGAAGUUGUUCCAUGGGCUACAGGGGGUGAGGUCGAUUUGGAGAAGGACUUUCCCUUAAAUAUACUCACGACUUAA